AUGACACUCGAAGUGGAACCAGCCAGUCCAUCCGACGCGCCGCAAAUGGUGCGCGUCUUCCAAGCCGCAUUCUCAAACGCCUUCAACAGAACGAUGUUCCCGCCCACAGAGGACGUGCGCGUGUGGGCAAUGGAGCACCUAGUCGGCGGUAACGGCGCGCAGCCACGCGAAGUAUUUUUGAAAGUACGCGAUGAAGAGGGCAAAGUAGCUGCGUUCGCGAAAUGGAUUCGGCCAAGGAGCGCCGAUCCGGAUGGGCGGGAAGAAGAGGAGGUUUCGUGGCCCGCUAGUAGCGAUGUGGAGCUUUAUCUCGACAUUAUAGCCGUUGACCCGGCAUAUCAAGGGCGUGGAUUAGCGUCCAAGCUAUUGAAAUGGGGCCUUGCGCGUGCCGAUGAAGAAGGUAUCGAGGUUUACCUUUCCAGUUCGCCGGAGGGGAGACGGAUGUAUGAAAAGUAUGGCUUUGAAAGCAAGGAUUCAUUCUCGCCCUUCCCGGGCACUGGUGUCACCGAAUACGUUGGCGGCGACGCCCUGGCUACUCUGGUCGCCAAGCAUCCGGAGUUCUCCUACUCUGCAAUGGUCCGCAGCACCCAAAAAGCAGAGCAGGUCAUGGCCCAGUACCCAAACACCCGGGUCAUGAUCGGCGAUCUCGACGAUUCAGCCCUGCUCGAGCGGGAAAGUGCCGCCGCAGACAUCGUUCUGCACACGGCAGAUGCCUCUGAUCAUGUGGGGCCUGCAAGGGCCAUCGCCACCGAUCUAGUUGCCGGUCACGGCAAAGGGAACGCAGGCUACUGGUUGCACAUGGGAGGAACCGGAAUCCUGACCUUUGAGGACAGCGACAAGAACGAAUACGGCACUGAGAGCGACAAGGUGUACAAUGACUGGAGCGGGGUCAAGGGACUGCUCACUCUCCCCGACCAUGCCUUCCAUCACGAUGUGGACCAGCUCGUGCUAGAGGCCGGAGCGAACCAUGCAGACGUGCUUAAAACCGCUCUGGUCUGCCCACGUACCAUCUACUCCGAGGGCCAUGCUCACAGCGCGGUCGCCAGGUCUACGAGCUCGCGAACCCGACACUCCGACUACAUAAAUGGCCCAUCAUCGGCGCUGGAUGAUUCAUCUGGAACGAUGUCCACAUCCACGACCUCAGCGACGUGCCGGACCGACGACGACCUGUGGGGAGCCAAAGCCUACUACCUUAAAGAGCAUGGCGAGCACGUCUGGGGCGAGCUGGCCCAAUCCACAGCAGAAGCAGGCACGAAACUGGGAUACCUCGCCGAAAUCAAGGCCGAGACAAUCGUCCUAGAAAGCGCCAAGAAAUACGCAGGCUUCGAGUUACUGGGCUGGAGGAUGAACUCGCCCUGGCGUGCGCAGCGAGCGCGUGCCAUUCUGGGUUGGAAGCCUUACAGGCCCAGUCUGCUUGAAGAACUGCCCACCGUGGUUCGCAGUGAGUUGGAACGCAUGCAGAAAUAG